CUAGCUACACUAGCAAUGAACCAGUACAUGGAUGCGAGGUUUACUGUGUGCGUGUAUCGCGGCGUGGACUACUGCGAGACCUACGGCAUGACGAUGAGUGACUACGCAUUGACUUCGUACGAUGUUCAGACGGGACGGGUGUGGCUGUGGCUUGGUAUUGUCUACGUGGUGGGGGUCUACCUUCUCUUCAUGGUAGUCUCCUGGUUGAUCUUGGAGUACUGGCGCUACGAGAGCCCCGAACAUGUUGCGGUGGCGGUGAAUGAUGCCUCCAUUCGCGACGAAACUUCAUCGUCGACGGCCGAUUAUGCGUUGGUGGCGACUCCAAAGGGGGCGGACGUGACGAUCCCCAUCGUACAAACCCCUGAGAGAUCGUUUGUGCCUGUGGCGAUAGCUUUCCGAGAUGUAUGGUACUCCGUGCCUGACCCCGCCCAGCCCAACGCAACUACUGACCUGCUGAAGGGCAUCAGUGGCUUCGCGUUACUCAGGACCAUGACGGCGCUGAUGGGGUCUUCAGGAGCGGGCAAGACGACGCUCAUGGACGUGAUCGCAGGACGGAAAACUGGUGGCAACAUCCGCGGACAGAUCCUGCUAAACGGCCAACCAGCCUCGGAGCUCGCGAUUCGCCGGUGCACGGGGUACUGCGAGCAAAUGGACAUCCAUUCGGACGGCUCUACACCAUUUCCGGGUCGUUCUGCACAAAUGCUCGAUUCAAAACAAUCACGUAGAACAAAGGGCAGUAUACACGUCCGACUCCGACCAGAACAGUACACGGAUUCAAAACAAUCACUUUCAUUUUCUAAAUGA